AUGAACCCCUCCGGGAACAGUCGUUCCCAGGAGGAGCUUUUUCUACAAUCCCCAAGCCAACAACAGGAGGUUGAAUCCCCCGUCAUUGGACCGUUGCGAAUUAACAAGCGAGAGACACCUUCGCCAGCUCCGCCCGGCGCAGCUCCUCUUCCCUACCCCGACGACCGACCAAGACCCCAACAACAUGUCCGAGUCUCGGGCUCCAGUGGCUCGAGCCCAACAAUCCAGACAGGCAGGCAAAGUGCCUCUCCCACUUCAAGCGGCUCAGGACGAUCGCCGGUCGACUAUCCUGCUGCUUUGCGACCCCGAGACGGCCGCGAGCCUAAACAGGCUUCCCUCGCUGAGCGACGCGGAAACGCACCCAAGCCGCUACCGGAGUCUCCUAUAGUCGACACAAUUGAUGGUCAGGGAUAUUUUGCCAGAAUGAACCAACGGCCGAUGGCCCCCUCGUCCAUCGCGCCGCAGCAGCAUGAGAGCUCGGCGUAUCCAGAUUUCAAUCAACACUACUACCCUCCCCCGCAGCCUUCCACCUCGUCGAGACCGGCAUCUCGCACGGCGACGGCACAGAACCUACAAGCCCCAUCACACAGCAUCAAUCGUAUCAGCUCUACCGCCUCUAAUGCCACAACUCGAGCCCAGCGAGGCUCUCCUCCACCGCCGGAGACACCCAUUGUCGAACCAGGGCAGCAUGCUGCUUCUGAUAUUGAAGCUCGUUAUGCAGCGUCAGGCAUUGCGGGUACCUCAACCCUAACCGGUCUGCAGGCUCAGAGCGCUGCGGCACAACGAAGAGCAGAACAAUACGCAGGACAGCAGCCUCGGACCCAAAUCCAGAGACCCUGGACUCCGACUGAAUUACCCGGAUCGCAACCCCAUGGACCCCCAACUGUCUAUCAGGGCGCUGAAGUCGUCCCGUCGCAGAACCAGAACCCUGCAGCGGCUCCCUUCCCUCAACACCCAGCGACGACUCCGUCUCAGGGCCCGCAAACUCAACAACCGGGUCGCAUCCCCAAUAAUGCUCUUGAGCAAGACCUGGAGAGGAUGCGUAUCAGCGACGAGCCUCCGCCUGCUUACUCCAGUGUGCCGCGGCCCGCAUCUGCUUCGCAGGGCUACCCAAAUGAAAAGCAACGUCUUGCAGCAGCGUCGGCUCAGCCAUCUCCUGCUGCUGCACAGCACCCUGCGGUAGCUGCGGCAGCAGCAGCAGCGACGGGAUCUCCUCCGCCAAUGGUAUCCGCCCAGGACCAUCCAGCCUUUGCUAACGACCCGAGACAACAACAGCCGCAACAAGUCUCUGGACCGUCGCCGCACAAUGACAUGCAGAAUGGUGGCUUGCCGCAGGAGCAGCACCCGGCUCUUCAGCAGCAGGUGCAGGCGCAGGCGAGUGCGGCUUCGGCAGCGGGUCUACCACCUGCCUCUCCCCCACCAUUGCCAGAAGGCUGGAUUGCGCACCUGGACCCGAAUUCUGGGCAGUACUACUACAUUCACUUGCCGACUCAGUCGACUCAGUGGGAAUUUCCCAAGGGCCCUACACCACUAAAUCUCAACGAGGCUCCAAUGUCUCCGGUCGGUAGUGUGUACAGCGCGCACCCUCUAGCUUCUCCAGGCCUAUCGGCUUUUGGAAAGCCACUUGCGUCUCCAGGUGUGCCGAUGACUCCUGGAUUUGAGAGCUUGCAGUCUCCCGUUGUGACGGGCUUCACCGGUCCGCCUCCUAGCAGCGGCGUCGAGGUAUACAAAGUUCAGCCAACCAAUGGCGUCUACUUCGGCCCCUACCUCCGCUACGCAAACAUGGACGUCCAGCGCGGAAUCUGGUUCGGUUCCAUCCUUCUAGUCACCGACGCUGCGCAACCACCUACAAUCCACAUCCACCAGAGUAUAGAUUUGUCCCCGAACCCGCGUCAGCUCAAAGCCAUGGCCAUUUCCACGCACCAGCGCUGGACAUUCUAUAAAUACGAAGUCGACCUGAAAAUGGAAGAAGCUGGCGCCGCCAAGUGGACAUACGCAAUUACUUCCCAUCUAGGUUGCACGCGCUACGAGUUCCUGGUCGCUGGACGACACGAAGCUAGCUGGCGCUUCAUCGCAACCUCCGGCAACGACUUUUCACUCAACAUCAAUGAGAACGAGCGAGCCCGGCUGGGAGGCGUUGGGCUGCUGUGGAAGGACAUUAUGCAGAAACAUACUGAGAUUGGCGGAUUCCACGCGCAGCUGUGCCUGGGUGGGCAGAUCUACGCUGAUCGCAUGUGGAAGGAGAUUCCAUCUCUGAAGCAGUGGCUUCUUAUCCGGGGCAAAGAGGCUAGGAAGACGGCGGCCUGGACAGCAGCUUAUGAGCAGGAUGUUUCUCACGGGUACUUCCACUACUAUACAAGCCACUUUGACCAGCCGUACCUGAGGGAAUCAUUUGCUCAGAUUCCGUACGUUUGUCAAAUCGAUGACCAUGAUAUCUUCGACGGCUUCGGCUCCUACCCCGAACACAUGCAGUUCUCCAACAUGUUCAAGAACAUCGGCCGAGUCGGCAUCGAAAUGUAUCUCCUCUUCCAGCACCACACAACCCUCGACAUCCUCCGCAACGUCAGCACAGACCACGACCUCUUCACUAUCACCGGCACAGGUUGGCACUUUGUCAAGUACCUAGGCCCCUCUGUCGUCCUUGUUGGUCUCGACUGCCGCUCCGAGCGCAACCAGCACCAGGUUCUCGCGGGGCCAACGUACCAGGGCAUUUUCCCCAAGGUUGCUAUGCUUCCGCCGACAGUGCAGCAUUGUCUGUGGAUGACGUCCGUGCCGCUCAUCUAUCCGCGCCUUGAGACGGCCGAGCAUAUCGCGCAGACGUUUACGACGGGUAAGCGCGCAGUCACUGGUGCGUACAAUGUCCUCGGCAAGGUGACGAGUUCCGUCGCGGGCGUUGUGGGCGCAAAAGAUGUUGUCGGGAGCGGAUUCGACUCUGUCAAGCGCGCUGUGGGUAAGAGCGGGCUCAUGGGUGGGAUUCUGAGCCCAUUUGGAGAAUUCGACCUCCUCGACGAGCUUCGCGAUCAGUGGACGCACGAGUCAAAGGACCUCGAAAGAACCUACCUAAUCCGCACACUACAAGGAAUCGCGCACCAAAAAUCCCUCCGAAUGACCUUCCUCUCCGGCGCCGUGAACGUCUGCGGCGCAGGCCUCGUCCACGACCCUGCGAACCCCUCAGAUUACAAGACAAUGUACCAAUUGAUUUCAUCCUCCGUCGUCAACGGCCCCCCGCCCUCGUACAUCGUAAAGAUGCUGCAUUCCUCAAACAAACCCAUCUACGUCCCGGCCAACGGCGUCCGCAGCACACCGUCACAACCAACGGAUACAAAGGAGGAUAUGAUGGAGAUUUUCCAGACGGACGUUACGGGGCAGACAAGAGAGCAUAAGAAGCUCAUGGGGAGGAGGAACUAUGUUGCUGUUGUUGCGUAUGAUCCCGAUUCGCAAGCGAUGUUUGGGCAGCAAGGGUUUGGGCCGGGGCAAGGCUCGGGGGGCAGUGGGAAGUUAAAUCUUGCGGUUGACUUUAUGGUACAGGGUGAGGGGUCGUUUGGAGCUGUGGUGAAGUAUGGGCCAGUUAUCGUGCCGAGUUUGGAGCACGGCAAGUAG